ACAGGUCCAUAUUUUCAGUUGCACACAGCCGCUGCAAACGGUUACUACGACGUUGCCGCGUUCCUGUUGCGAUGCGGAGUGCCUGCGACUUCACGAGACAAUGACCUCUGGCAACCGGUGCAUGCCGCUGCAUGCUGGGCCCAGCCGGACUUGGUAGAGUUAAUUUGUGAAUAUGGAGGCGACAUCAAUGCCAAAACGAGCAGCGGUGAAGCACCUUUAGAUUUAUGCGAGGACGAGACCACUCGUGCCGUUAUCGCUACGAUGCAACAACAAGAAGCCCGCAAGAAGCGAAUGGCAUUCGGAGUGCGCGAUAGUCGGCGACAAAGCAGACGGCGGAAGAAGUUCGAGUCACCGCAACAAGUUGCCACCGGUGGCGACAAUCCUUUCUCGGCUCGAGGCGCAAUUCGACGUCUUUCGUUACGCGAUCGAAGUGGGUUGGCCCCGGCGAGGAUCGAAGCACAGAAGGAAGGCGCUGACAUCAUACGGUCGUGGUCAAAAGAAGACGUCUCUUCCGAUGUCAAUGCAUUACCGCCAGCGUUGCACGGCAAUCGCGAAGUGGUAGAAAGAAAUAUGUUGCUUACUUUGCAGCAAAGCAACAAGCCUAAGCCGAUGAGCCCUGAUGAGUGGCUGCGAAAGCUGGAGACGGGUGGCGACGAGGAUGACGAAGGCACGCCAAGACGAGGCGGUAGCCAACGACGACGACCAAAAAAAGGCGCAAAAGGCAAAGGUCCAUCCGAAAUGCAAGAUCUUCGGCCGAACGGUGACGCUUCACGACGUGGCAAGAAACCAUGCUGUUGCGCUAUUUGCUGA